GUUGACACUGAAGGGAUUGUGGUUGCCCUCCGUAUCUCAUCAGACUGAUCGUCCAUUCUCGAGCAAUCAAUAUGAUGGAAAUUAAAUCCCCAUGGGCAGGUCAGUGGGGAUGAUCUCUGACGAGUGGCGUGAAGAAUGCUUUAUAUAACCUACUCCGGCCGCGCCUCUUGUUCCUGGCCAUAUGCUAUCUAUUCUUCAACUUUGGUCGUUCUCCAACCAGUUCUAAAAUAGCAGUUGUUUCUUUGACAUUUUGAAAGAUUUUACAUUUGCCAUCUCCGUCAACAUGCGUUUCUCAACCUUCUCAGCUAUUACAACCCUUGCCGCUGCCGUCUUCGCACAAGAUCUCUCCCAGCUACCGUCAUGCGGAUACAGUUGCAUUAGUGUCGGUGUCAGUGGUUCUGGCUGCAGCACAACGGACAUUGCGUGUCUUUGCAAGUCGUCUUCGUGGAUUUCGGAGCUAGCCUGCUGCGUUUCCAAAUCCUGCGACGCAGCUGAUCAGCAGUCUAUCGCCUCCAUUGCUGAGGGCUACUGCUCGUCAGCAGGAGUUACCACAACUCUGCAAGCAACCUGCGCAAGCUCAGCAACAUCCGCGGCAACAAACACCGCCGCAAGCGUUACUGCUACCGCGUCUUCAGCAGCUUCAUCACUCAACUCUGUGGUUAAUUCCGUCGUAUCAUCCGUGAGUAGUGCUGCAAGCACUGCUGCGACUGCUACCACCAACGCUGCCCCAGCUCCAACUCGUGCUCUUGGUAUGGGAAUGGGUGUUGCCGCAGCGGCCGCAGGACUCUUCGCCGCUGCUUUAUAAACGACUCCUGAGCAUCUGCUGUACAACAUGGUUGACAAUUUAGUCUAAGAAAUGGCGGUGUCGAACCAAAAACAUCUAUGAAGUGGGAAUUGCAAUUUUUCCAGUCUUACCAUCCCCUUUACAUUGCUCUCAAUAGUACAAGAUGACUCAUCCUACUAUAGUUGCCUUAUGCUCAUGAUAUCACUAUGCUAGAACUAGUAUGUCGACGGGUGUAAUCAUUUUCAUCGCUCUGUGCAUGUUUCUGCAGCCUCUUUGCAAAUAAAUAAAUAAAUACAGACAAAUCGGCUGCUAACACGCUGUUUCAUGCGAGUCCAGCU